UCCAGUCCGCCCAGCACGGCCGGCGUGGCGGGCGACCGCAGCAGCAGCAGCAGCGUGCAGGGCCGCACGCCCCGCGCCGGGCCCGCGCGAGGUUCAUCUUUUAUAAACAAAAGAUCUUAUGCAGCAAACACAAUUGCAUCCAAUUUUCCUAUUGGUACCAGCUCUUCUUCUGUAAAAGAUUCCAAUUAUCCACAGCUGGUGAAAACUCCAUUAUCUGCUGCGAAUCCCCAGAGAUUGGGUUAUAAAGAUUGGACACCACAAGUGGCAUAUUCAGCCACAUCCUCUUCAGCAAUUUCUGCACACUCCCCAUCAGUUAUUGUUGCUGUGGUAGAAGGGAGAGGGCUUGCCAGAGGUGAGAUAGGAAUGGCAAGUAUUGAUCUGAAAAGCCCACAAAUUAUAUUAUCCCAGUUUGCAGAUAAUACAACAUAUGCAAAGGUGAUCACUAAACUCAAAAUUUUAUCACCUUUGGAAAUAAUAAUGUCAAAUACUGCUUGUGUUGCGGGAAAUUCAACCAAGUUAUUUACUCUGAUCACAGAAAAUUUCAAGAAUGUUAACUUCACUACUGUUCAAAGGAAAUACUUCAAUGAAACAAAAGGAUUGGAAUACAUUGAACAGCUAUGCACAGCAGAAUUUAGCACUGUCCUAAUGGAGGUUCAGUCCAGGUAUUACUGCCUUGCAGCUGUUGCAGCUUUGUUAAAAUAUGUUGAAUUUAUUCAGAAUUCUGUUUAUGCACCAAAAUCGCUGAAGGUUUGUUUCCAGGGUAGUGAACAGACAGCCAUGAUAGAUUCAUCAUCAGCCCAAAACCUUGAAUUGUUAGUUAAUAACCAGGACUGCAGGAAUAGUCACACUCUAUUUGGUGUUUUAAAUUAUACCAAAACUCCUGGAGGGAGUAGAAGACUUCGUUCUAAUAUAUUAGAACCCCUGGUUGAUGUUGAAACCAUUAACAUGAGAUUAGAUUGUGUUCAAGAACUACUGCAAGAUGAGGAACUCUUUUUUGGACUUCAGUCAGUCAUAUCAAGAUUCCUCGACACAGAACAGCUACUCUCGGUUUUAGUCCAAAUUCCAAAGCAAGACACAGUUAAUGCAGCUGAAUCAAAAAUAACAAAUUUAAUCUACUUAAAGCAUACCUUGGAACUUGUGGAUCCUUUAAAGGUUACUUUGAAGAAGUGUAACACACCUUUGCUAAGAGCAUACUAUGGUUCCUUGGAAGACAAAAGGUUUGGGAUCAUACUUGAAAAGAUUAGAACGGUAAUCAAUGAUGAUGCAAGAUACAUGAAAGGCUGCCUGAACAUGAGGACUCAGAAGUGCUAUGCAGUGAGGUCUAACAUCAACGAGUUUCUUGAUAUUGUGAGAAGAACAUAUACAGAGAUUGUGGAUGACAUAGCAGGGAUGAUAUCUCAGCUUGCUGAGAAAUACAGUCUUCCGUUGAGGACCAGCUUCAGCUCUGCCAGGGGAUUUUUCAUACAGAUGACUGUAGACUGCGCAGUGUUCCCCAGUGACCAGCUGCCUUCAGAGUUCAUUAAGAUUUCUAAAGUGAAAAAUUCUUACAGCUUUACAUCAGCAGAUUUAAUUAAGAUGAAUGAAAGAUGCCAAGAGUCCUUGCGAGAAAUUUAUCACAUGACUUAUAUGAUAGUGUGUAAGCUGCUCAGUGAGAUCUAUGAAUAUAUCCAUUGCUUAUACAAACUCUCUGACACCGUGUCAAUGCUAGACAUGCUGCUGUCAUUUGCUCAUGCCUGCACACUUUCUGACUAUGUUCGGCCGGAGUUUACUGAUACUUUAGCAAUCAAACAGGGAUGGCAUCCCAUUCUUGAAAAAAUAUCUGUGGAAAAACCUGUUGCCAACAAUACCUAUAUUACAGAAGGAAGUAAUUUUUUGAUCAUCACUGGACCAAACAUGAGUGGGAAGUCCACAUAUUUAAAGCAGAUUGCUCUUUGUCAGAUUAUGGCCCAAAUUGGCUCUUACGUUCCAGCAGAGUACUCCUCCUUCAGAAUCGCUGAACAGAUUUUUACAAGAAUAAGUACUGAUGAUGACAUUGAGACAAAUUCAUCCACAUUUAUGAAGGAAAUGAAAGAGAUAGCAUAUAUUCUACACAAUGUGAAUGACAACUCACUUGUAUUAAUUGAUGAACUUGGAAGAGGUACUAACACAGAAGAAGGAAUUGGUAUUUCUUAUGCUGUUUGUGAAUACUUGCUGAGUUUAAAGGCAUUUACACUGUUUGCUACACAUUUCUUGGAAUUAUGCCAUCUAGAAGCCCUAUACCCUAAUGUAGAAAACAUGCAUUUUGAAGUUCAACACGUAAAGAAUGCCUCAAGAAAUAAAGAAGCAAUUUUGUAUACUUAUAAACUGUCCAAGGGACUUACAGAAGAAAAAAACUAUGGACUGAGAGCUGCAGAAGCAUCAUCCCUGCCACCAUCGAUUGUCAUGGAUGCCAGAGAAAUCACAACCCACAUCACAAGACAAAUUUUGCAAAACCACAGAAGUACCCCUGAGAUGGAAAGACAGAGAGCUGUGUACCAUCUAGCCACUAGACUUGUUCAAACUGCUCGGAACUCUCAGUUGGACCGAGACAAGUUACGGGUGUAUUUAAGUAAUCUCAAGAAGAAGUAUGAGGAAGAUUUCCCCAGGGCUGAAGAACUUCCAGAAAAGACUGAAGAAUAA